UUAACAUUGAAUAUAUUCAUAACGAUAACGGUUGCUGCAAAGCUUCAUUGUUAAUUAACUUUUGCCAUUACUCACAAUCAUACAUACUGCCAUAUAUUUGAAUAAUUGUGUAAAUUUAAAAAAAAAAAUAUUAACAUACAAAUUGGUUUUGAGUAAUUCGUUCGCUAGCACGUUUUCGCGUUUUUUGUUUCUGUCGAUCAAGUUUUUCUUCUCUAAAACUUAAUAAUGUCAUAUGAUAAUAAGAGUCAACCACCACCGUACUCCGCCCCACCACCCGGUUUCCAGCCGGCGGCCUAUUAUCAACCACCGCCAGCACAUCAGAUGCCACCACCGCCACAACCGCAGACUUCCACGGUGAUCAUAACAACAACAAGCCCGACUUUGGUGCCACUCAGCGAGGAUCCAACGCGCAUUCAGUGUCCCUCAUGUCAUGCUGAUAUUUUGACUACCGUAAAAUAUCAACCAAAUGGAUGUACUCACAUUUGGGCAUUGGUGCUGUGCCUAUUCAUUUGUUGGCCUUGCGUGUGUGUACCCUAUUGCAUGAAGUCCUGCCAAAAUGCAAAUCAUUAUUGUCCAAAUUGCAACGCUUUCAUUGGCACCUAUUCAAAUUAAUAUGAAUUAUAUCAAAAGGAAGUAAAAAAUCCUAACGCACGCGCGUAACAAUUUUAUACUUAAUAGCCAAAGCUAUAAACGAAAAGCAGAACACUUUAGAUGAAAUAACGAACGGCUUCCAGGUGAAGUGUGAAACUUGAUCGAUUGGAUUACAAGGACGGGUCACCGGUUAGAAAAAAAUACAAAACCACUUAUGUAUAUGCAUAAAUAUGUAAAUUUGUUUAUGUAGUGACUAUAAAACACUAUACAACCUACACACGAGCGCAUGCACUCAAAGCAAAUUUUACAUAUGCAUAGAGUACUCAUGUGUAAUAAAAAAAAAACGAUUUGUAUUCUAUGCUUAUAUGCUGUAGUAUUUGUAUAAGACAAUGUAAAGAAAAAUUUUUACUUUAUAAAGAUUAAUAAGUUUACUUUGUUAACGAUAAAAAAGCAUUUACCGAUAAAUAUAUGAUAUACUUGUGAUAAA